AGAAUGACAUCAUACACCGAGAUUGGGUCGGAGACUUCAAAUCGCUAGCGCCCUCACUUGGUUAAGAGUAGAGGGUACAUAUGGUAUAUGGACGGUCUGCUUGGCAACUUGGGGGUUAGACGGCGAGCAAACAAGCUGGAGUGAGACAUAGACUGAGCUGAAGGAGAAGCGGGUUUUCAGUCAAAUAGAUGUCUCACGUGCUCAUUGCUCAAACAAUGACCUCAGCUGGGGAGCCUACAAUUUUACUAUUGAUCACUGGACACAGAGGGGUGAAAAGUAAAACAUAAUAGAAGCUAGCAAUCGGAAGUUGGGACAUAUUAACGGUUAGACGAGCAUUUGGAUGCAGUCACAUUAACGCGUGUAUUCGCCACCUAGCAGACGAUAAAUUGUCAAACCUGUAUACUGCGUUCUUUUCAUAUACCAUCAUGGCAUUUAUAACGAGUCUGUGAGGUUACCAGCUACAUGCAAGUGUAGUUGGUAACUGCUAGGUCUUAGCAAUAUAUGAUUUGUUUCCUAGCUUGUAUUUGAAGAGAGCCCGGAUGAUAACCUGUUCGCACUCUAUGUGUUCUAUGUACACGGCCAUCCAGAGCCCAGGUCACGUUCGUGAGUAGAUUGGACCCUCGUUUUGCCCCUACAGUGUAGCGGUCGUUAAACUGGCCUAUCGCCUCACAUGAACUCAAAAGCAUCUUGCCAGAAUACCAGACUAUUUUACCUUCCUACGAUCAACAUCUUAGAUUUCAAUUUUCUGACUGCCUUGUAUUACAUCCAGAACAAAAGCAGGAAUAUAUCCGCACUUCAACGCAACAUUUUAUGAGCUUUACACCUUCGAUUGUUUUCAAGCUGAGAAGAAUCGAUGGGGCUCUACUCGAAAUCACAUAUCGAACGCAAUUCACCUACGGAAGAACCGGUUUUUCAUAUAGAGUUUGGAGAUAUUAUGAUGAAAGGAGGUGGUCGAUCAAGUCCACAACCUGCUAGUAGUACGUCAAACAGUAUCAGCAAUACCCCUCCUACCACCCCUCUUACACCUGGUACCCCACUCAGUGGCCCCGGAACCCCUUUUAUACCCAGCGGGUCACCAUACCCUGCCUCCCAACCACCACUUGGACCUCCGACCACGCCCAGCUACCCAGGAUCAUACAGACACCGUCUUCCAUCGUUCACGGAGAGCGAUUCCCAGUCGUCGACUCGCGACACGUUGUCGGACGAUACAGCGUCACAGUCGGACUCGCAGAGCGAUGUCGCAUCUGUAGGAAGCAGUAGCACGGCAGAAUGGGUGAACUUUGACAUCACCCCUCUCGUUAAGAAAGAGCUCAAGGACGCCAUCAUUAACAGGAGAAAGACAAGGGGAUUACCCGAUGUCAGAGUCGACUUUACUCCACGACUUCCAGACAAGCUCACACCUGAAGAAGAAGUAAGACGUCGCCUUCAAAAGGAGAGAAAUCGUGAUGCUGCCUCCAAGUGUCGAAGUAAAAAGAGAAAUGCAGUGGGUCACCUCGUAGAAGAAGCACAGCAGCUUGAAACAGAAAAUAUGAAGCUUCGAGAAGAAAUGAAAGCACUUGAAUCGGAACGAAGCCAGCUACAAUUCCUGCUUGACAUGCAUUCUCCUAAAUGUAUGAUACAGCAAGCAUCACCACCAGUAUUUCACACAUCACCAAGCGUCCCAAUCACUGAUUCAACUUGCGAAUCGAUACCAGUCCCACCUAUCAUCCAGUCACCAACUCGUGAGGUGAUAAACAUACCAAUGUUGAGCGAAACUGAGAUGACAGGAGCAAAGACAGGGGCGACGACGCCUAUGACAGAGUCGACAUCGCCUUACGGAUCAUCAUACUUUCCUCCGACACCAUCAACAACUCAUAGCCGUAGUUGCACGGAGCCUUCGACUCCUGCGACUCCGACGAGCGUCAUGGAUGCACCCGUAUUUCCAACCAUGUCAUUCAGCGCGAUUCCCUUGACAACUGUCGCAGAUCCUAUUUACCAGGACACAUCCGCCAGUGUCUCGCUCGUCGCUUCUCUUGCCAAUAGUUCUACAUGCACUCUAACCGAUGCAUUUGCCAUUUCAGACAUUGAGGGUUUUCAUCCUGUUGUACCUCCCACGCCUGAAUUGCUAGAUGAUCAUGAUGACCCUUUAUCCGAGUCUUUCGUCAAACAGUAUCUUGGUGCGGAUCCAUUUUUUUCUACAGACUUUUCCUUGCCGACUAUAGCGGACAACUUAACUGUCCCGGACAGUUUUAUUAGUUGUAGAUCAGGUCCAGGAAACAUACAGACGUCCGAUGAAGCAUGCUUUGAAGAAUUGGGACUGGUCAAACCUUCGACAUCAGAGAGACCAAUUAGCACAGAAUCUUACACUGUACACACUCGGCCUCUGUUAGACAGUCAAUUCCCUCAAGGCGAAGGGGAGACAGUAACCCCCCUUUCAAGAGCUGACGAUCCCACUCCUGACACUCCUGUAACUCUGUCAUUAUCAGCCUUGCUUGGUGUCUCAUUCGAAGGUAUGGAUGAUGAGACGAUAGAUGACGCGUCCAUUUUCAGUACAUCUUCCCAUGGUGCAAUAGGUCUAUAGAGUUCAUAAAAGUUGUUAUUAGGACUUUUAAAUACAUGUCAUAUUAUAGGUGCACUGUGAUGAGAUUGUGAUCUAAUCAAGAGAUGAUUAUAAAUUCACAGGAGAAUGAAGACAUAUUAAAAAUGUUCGUCUUAAAUUUCCAAUAACUCUGAUUGUGUCACACAAGAGAGCUAUCCUUGCUUUGGAUCAAUUAGAUAAGUAUCAUUAAUGAACCUUGAUUACGAUUGAAUUUUGUUUACCAACAAUAUUUUGCUGCUUCGUGGUUUCUCAAUGAAUCUCUCAUUACAAGACAGACAACGUCAUGAAGAGACAAGAAAAUGAUGGUUAUGCGAAUUGAUGGAAAAGGGGAUUAAUUUUAGAGAAAAAAAGAGGAAAUAUAUAAGGUGAGGUGGAGGAUUACGAUUAUGUUUUAAUUAAUACAUGAGUGUGUGUAUCAUCAUUCAACUCAAUUUUUAAAGGCAUUCCAACAUUCUACUGCUUUCACCGAAACAGACCAAAUACUAUACUACUAAUUCAUCCUGCAGAUUUUAGCCCAGCCAUUAUUCCCAUUACCCCCCCCCCCUCCUUCCCUCAGAGGGGGAGAAAGCCCAGGACGGGGAAGGGGGGGGGGUCACCAAUAGUUUUCUUUCUUGUUUAUUUUCUUUUCCCUCCUAUCCCCUCCUUUUUUUCUUGAUCGCGUUAGGGGCGGGGGUCCCUGUUGGCCUGUCGAUCCCAGGCUCCACCUGUGAUUAAAGACUUGUGUCAAAUACUCUUGUAUCUUUCAAAAUGCAAUGGCGCCCUCCUCUCGAGAAUCUCGGCGCAUUGCAUUUAUCGCUGUGACGAGUACUCUUUAGCAGCUGAAAUAGAUUAUCAUUAUCUCGAUUCUAAUCUUAGUCAGCAAUCUGUAUAGUUUUAUUAUUUUGAUCUAAUAUUGUUUAGCUGAUGAUUGAACGAAUUUUUUUAUGUUAUUUUUCAUCAAAUGAAUUUAAUUUAUCAUUCAUACCAAAUAAUUUAUGCAUAUUUAAAAUGUAUUAUUUUUAAAAUUCAUGAAUCAGAUUAGUCAAAUGCAGUUUGUAUUUAUCAAUUUAGAAUAUAGCUAAUGAUAACUUUUAUAUGUUUCUAACCGAAUUACUCAAAAAAAAUUUAAAGUGUGAAAUCAGUAUAUCUCUUCCUGAAAUAUGUACAUGUAUAUUUAUUUGAAUGUCAUCCAAUCAUCUUUCAAUGAAAGACGGAUAUUACCUGAAAUAUUUUUUUCAUCAGUCAAGUCUGCUUUGUGGUGCAGGUGUAAGUUGGCCAUUUUUGCAGCUGUUAUGACUCCUUAGAUUGAUCAAUGUGAAGAAACAUGUAUAAACUGUAUCUAUAAAAAAUAAAAACAUUGUCACAAUACUUCAUGAAAAGAGGUAAGAAGAAAAUAUUCCAACUCUAUGGGGCAACUGUGUAUGUGAUAUUUUGCUCGUGGUUUAUCUUAAAUUUGAUUCUCUAAUUUUAUUCAUUACAGGCAGGCUAUUACGUACGUUCUUUCUUUCUUUUCUUUUUAGAGCGUUUUGAUAGCUUUGUUCUAUUCUUUUACUUUUCAUUUGAACUGAACUAUUUAAUAUAUGGAUAAGAAAAAGAAAGAUUAUUAGCGGUACGAAUUUCGCACAAGCUACCUCUAUACAUUCAUGUUGUUCAUUUAUUUCUCGCUUAACGGUUACAUUAUGUAUAAGUUCAUGUUUAUUGGAAAGCCCGAUUUUGAGGUCCUCUUUCUCAAUGCGGCAGGUGCUAAUAUACUGGUGGA